AUGGUGAAGACCUGUUUGAUCAAUUUUACGUCUGCUUUGACAUCAUCAGAAGAUCAUGGAAGGAGACAUAUCGCCCCACUCAUAGGAGUAGAUGGUAUUUUCCUCAAAUGCACACUCAAAGUGGAGAAUGAGAAGAAAUGGUUAUGGUUUAUCCAAAUGGUGAAGUCUGAUUUUGAUCUUAAAGAUAGAGAUGGGUUUAUCAUAACCUCAGAUCGACCAAAGUUGUUUCCAAUGGAGAUUGCUGAGAGGAAACUCUCGGAGAAUGAUUACAAUGGAGCGAAGAAAUUCAUUAACAAGGCUCAGAAUUUGUAUCCAAAACUUGAUGGUUUAAAGACAAGUGUUGAUGAUGAUCAAUUGAAGAAACAAUACAAGAAGUUAGCUCUUUUGCUUCAUCCGGACAAGUACAACCUUAAUGGCGCGGAAGGCGCCUUUAAGCCAGUUACAGAAGCUUGGUGUAUGUUAUCUGAUAAGGUUAAGAGAACUUCUUAUGAUCAAAGGAGGAUCUCGAAAGAAGCAAAGACCGAGAUUCAGAAACAACCAAACCCACAAAAUAUUGGGGCAAGAAGUAAUAAGCUUGCUAGUUGGAUAAAGAAACAACUCAAUCCUACAAUAUACACAAGUUAAGUGCUAGAGACGGUGGG